UGGACAAAAGAGGGAUGCUCCGUGUUCUUGAUCACCCUGCAUCCCUUUCUUCAAUAAUAGAACGCCUUCAAACAAACAUAUAAACAUUACAACAUUCAGCUUGGGGUUGUCUUCUUUAUACGCUUUGAUAUAAAUAUAGAUAUUCAAUUUUUGAGUGUAUAAUCUGCGUGUAGGUCUGUUUUUGUAUUGCGAGUGUCAAAGCAGCGUUUAUUACCACACUCUCUCUCUCUUCUUCUCUCGCGCUCUUUCUUUCCUCUGCUUCUACUACUAUUUCUUCACUCUUUUUUUUCUUUUCUGCUGCAUAUUGUUAAAUGGAUAACGGCCGAUUCUCUUCGUCAUCGUCUUCUUAUUCCAUGUUUAACGACGGGUCAAUCUCUUCGUGCUCAUCGUUCAGCUCACCUGCAGCAUCGCCGUUGCAUUCGCCUUUUGAAUCACCCAGUGACUCUCCAGUCCGAGAACUGCAGUUGCAUAGCAACCCAACUUAUACUCAGCAACAAAUGACGACGUUACAACCACCCAUACCUACGCAGACCACCAGCACUGAUCAGCACACGAGUAAAAGCUCGGCUUCUGCUGAAAGCGGAGGCAACAGUGGUGGCGCCGGCAAUGGAAAUAAUAGCAACAACACAUUUGUUCAUAAACUAUACAACAUGGUGGUGGAUAAGCAAUAUCAACACCUCAUUGCGUGGAAUUUCACAGGGACAUCAUUUGUUGUGUGCAAUAUCAUGGAGUUCUCGAGAGACGUUCUGCCAAAGCAUUUCAAGCAUAACAACUUUUCGAGUUUCGUUCGGCAACUUAACAUGUACGGUUUUCAUAAGGUGAACAAAUCACCACGAGGGCACCGCACAAUGGCCGAGAACCAAAUUUGGGAAUUUUCCCACUGCAAGUUCAUGAAGGGCCGGCCUGAUCUAUUGGACGAAAUAAAGCGCAAAUCGAUCGAACCUGAUGCAGUUCGACGAGACAACAAUGACUUGCACACUCGAGUUCAGAUGAUGCAGUCAUCACAGGCAUCCAUGAUGCAACAGAUAGCCCAUUUGCAAGAGAACUUCUCCCAAGUCCUACGAGAGCUCGCUGAGACACGACGGAAGCAAAGUCUGCAACAGCAAGUAUUGAAAACUGUGAUGGACUACAUGACCCAGCAGCAGGGUGCUCAAUUGUCCAUGUCGACUGACGUAGCCGCAUCGAAUGGAUUUGGUGAUAUGAAGCCAGAUCCCGAGCAGCGACCCCCUUCCAUAUACAUUACUUCGCCUGAAAUGGACGCCACUGCUCAGCAAUUGCAAAACUUUUAUCUCGACGAAAACCAACGUCCCCAACAGCAGCAUCAUAGUAGACCACCCAGCCCAGCUCCUAUACAGACACAUCAAAACAGUCUUUCAAGACAAUCCAGUGCGUUAGGCCUUCAAAUCCACUCUUUGCCUCAACAACACCAUCAGCAUCAAGACCAAGAAUCUCCUAUUUCCCCCUCUGUAUCAAUGUUCGAGGCCGCCAUCAACACCCCUCUUCCGCCAAGCCCUUCGCCUAGCACAUUCAUGUCCGACGACGAGGCUGCAAGUGUAUGCAGUCCCCAUAGCCCAUAUACGCCAAGUAGCUGCAACUAUGGGCCGACUCCCGCAACAAGAGACAUGAGUGGAUCUACUCCGAUGCAACAAGACCAGGUUCAACAACAACAACAGCAGCAGCAGCAACAAUCUUAUUUUAACGUAAUGCAGCAUAGCAAUCCGCAACAACAAUAUGCUCUUCAGCAACAACAGGCUAUGGCAAUUUACCAUCAAGAGUAGAAUGGAUCAAAUAGUGCCCCGGUCAGUUUUAACCCACGACACUGGGAUUGGAGAAAGAAACAUAGAAUUUGCAGCAUUGCAGUAUAGUGCUCAAGCACUUGGAACCUCCAUUCUAUUCCUUUCUUUAUACAUGAACGCUUCUCAUACCUGUAUUUAAACAACCUUGUAAAAUAUCCCUAUACGAUACAUAAUUUUCAUUGUCAUUAAAUCAUAAUACAUCAGCUCAAAUGUUUGAAUUGAACGAUACUGUACAUAUUGCACGUACUAUCAUAUAUGAUACACAAUAAUACAUUUGUUGGCGGUGCG